AUGAGAGUGUCCAUUGUUAGUGCAGAACAAUUGAACGAGCUGAGGGUGAAGUACAACCUAUUGGAUCAGAUUCAUGAGGCUCAGAGAAAUUGCCUCGAGACUGAAGACCUCCGCAUCGGAAUGAGGAAGGGUUUACUUCCCGAUUUUCGAACUGAUGAUUAUGGUACUGUCUGGUUGAAGGAUCGUGUGUGUGUGCCAAAGGAUGAGAAGAUUCGUGAGGUAAUUAUGGCUGAAGCCCAUGAUACGAGGUAUUCCAUUCACCCUGGUAGCACCAAGAUGUACAAGGAUCUGAAAACCAUGUUCUGGUGGCGUAGAAUGAAGAGGGACAUCGCCAGUUAUGUUGCUCACGGACCGGAGCCGACGGGGGAGGAGCUCGACCCGGAGUACACCCCUGAGAAGGAGGACUACGCUGCCGGGCUUCCAGAAACUGAGGAUGAGGAGCUAGACUACGACUUCAACAAUGAUGGAUGGUACGACUAG